CAGGAGGUGAGUCGGCUGGUGGGAGAUGUUGCGGACUGUGGAGGUGAGAUGGCUGGAGCAGGGCAGUGGUUGGGGGAGAUGUUGCGGCAGGAGCAGGGGCUGCAGGGGGCUGCUUGCGACGAUGGCGGGGAGCAGAAGCAACGAUGGCGACUGGCGAUGGCGUUGCUUGCGGCGAUUGCGAGCUGCUUGCGCCGGGAGCGGGGAGCAGAAGCGACGAUGGCGACUAGCGAUGGCGACUGGCGGCGGCGGGACGGAAGCGCUGGGGGCCUGGGGCGAUGGUUGACGGCGGUAGGGUGGCGCCGCUCUCCCUCUGUCGUCUGUUCUACUUCUAGGUCGAAGAUGGAGAAAUAAAAAGAAAGUUAGGGUUUUGUUUGGCUGCCCAAUUCCACGAUUCCUUUUCUAUUUUUUUUUUUAGGGUAAACCAAACGGCCGAACCGCACGACCGGCUUGAGCGGCUCGAGCGGUUAACUGCUUCGGCCGCUCGCCGGCCGCUGUAUAAAACCGUGGCGGUUAA